AUAACCUAGAAUUUGACCAUGAGCAUGAGGUGCAUUAAAAUUAUAUUUUAAAGUUUUGAUGAAAGUAUUAUGCAUUAUAUGAAGAGAAUAUAAAUAUGGAAGUCGAACCAUCAUGUAGCUCUAUCCAAAUUAAAAGUGAUAAUAUUAUUAAAUGUAGUGUUCCAAAAGAAAUUAAAAGUGAGGAUGACAAUGCUACUGAAGAAGUUAGUAUACCUGAGUAUAAGGCUAGUCAAAACCAUAAAAACGAUUUUAAUAUACCAGGCAUGCCCGAAGAAUAUAAAGAAACUUACGAAGCUUAUAUCAAUAAGGUUACAGCCUUAACAUCUGUUCCUAUAAUCGAAUCUAUAACUCCUGAACAUCUUAAGAACUUUAAACAUUUUAACCUGAGGUAUUAUGAAGAUAAAUACUGCAUCAAUUUCGCUGUAUCAGAAGCAGGUUACAAUGACGUACUUAUCCGAAUUCAUUCCAAUAAACUGUUCUUGAUAUCGUUAGCUAGCGGUAAUGACAUUAUUAGAUGUGGUAAAGAUAUUACUGGAACCAAUUUUAUGAUACACAAUAAUGACAGAUCGGAAAUCAAAUUGGGAGGCAAAAGGAAAAAAGGCGCAAAAGUUAUAGAGCCCCACACAAUUCUUUGUCAAGUUAAGUGUGAAGGAAUGCCUAAAAUGUUUAAUAUUAGAGCUGGUGUACCUGGUAGGAUCAUUGAAAUUAAUGAACAUGUGAAAAAAGAUCCAAAUCUACUGAGAAAAGAUCCCAAGGGAUACGGCUAUUUGGCUGUAGUAGCGCCCAAGGGUCAUCCCUCGGAUUACGAAAAAGUAAUGAACAAUUUAAAAUUGUUAUCUGAAGAAGAAUAUGUUAAAUAUCUGACAGAAAGGACACCAAAAUUUUCUGAACUGUCUGAACAAAUUAUUUUAAAGUAUAAUGAGUGAUGUUUACUUCCUUAAGUUUACAAUAAUGGUGUAAUGGUGUAUAAAAAUCCCUGCCAGACUAUCAAAUUUCUAUUAAAUUUGUUUAAUUAAAAUAGUUGGAAGAUGUUAUUUUGAGGUCACGACAAGUUUGAUAAAACUGUCAAGCUUAGCAAACUCUUUUUAUUAAUGGUUCUCUAUUUUCCAAUUAAACGAAAGAUGAUAACAUUUAUUUACCAAUUUAGUAGAUUGACCAAAUCAGUUUGAUCAAAACAUGAUAUAGACGAACGGUCCACCCCUAAAAAGAUGCUUAGAAAAUCAA